UCGGUGCAAUCUCAUUCGAAAUAAUGUCGGUGCUAUUUCAAAUGUUCGGGAUCUUUUCCACCUGUAUUUGGUCCGCUAUAUGGAUAAAUGUCGUCCAAGUCCCUACUAUAAGUGGAUGUAAGUUGUGCAACAGCAAAGUGGAACGAGAGAAAAGAUUGAUUACUGUCCAAGGACAAAUUUUGGCGAAGCUCGGUUUAAAGAAGCCCCCAGAUGAAAGUGAAAGUGCUUCGAAUGUGAGUCGUCAGGUCUUGCAGACCUACAAAAGUGCGGUGAGGGAAAAAGACAAGCUUUUACUUGAGACGAAAAUUUGCCGUUCCCAGAUUGACACCGAAGAGUUUUUCGCGAAGAGAGUUGAGCGAAUUCUGCUGGAAAAAGAGGUCGCACGAACGGCUGUAUCAAGUUCUAAAGACAGGAAUUUCAAAGAUAUAUACUGGCUGAGGUUUAAUACCAGUAGGCUGGUGAAGGAGAAAGUUAGCGUGUCUCUGGCAGAGCUGCGCGUUUAUCAGACACCAAACCAGCGACAUCCUGUGAGUGAUGUGCGAAUUGAUGUUUGUGAAAACACACGAAAAUACAACAAAAACAACAUAAAUGGCUGCUCCACUGUGCUAAGUACAAAAUGGAGCGUGUCCACUGAAGAGAAAUGGAUCUCUUUCGAUGUGACCUCAGUGGUUCAGGGAUGGUUAGAUGAUUCAGAAACGAACCACGGAUUGACAGUGACUGUUACAAGUUCUUUACCUACGGGAAACGAUUGGCAUGUCUCUCCAAUUUAUCUGGGCGAUGUCGAUCCAGUGCUCAACAAUGUGGAAAGCGAAGACGACGAGCCAUGGCCGCAUAUUCUCGCCUGGUUUGUGCCUAAUGAACGAGUGCAGUCGACAAAAAGAAAAAGGCGAUCUCUUAAUUCAGAUUACUGCCGGAUACGACCAAAAGAGACUCGCUGCUGCCUUCGCUCGCUGUACGUGGACUUUCGAAAGGAUUUGCGGUGGAAUUGGAUACAUGCGCCUAAAGGUUUCUACCCAAACUACUGCGCAGGACAGUGUUCUUUUAUGUGGGGAGUUGAAAAAAAAAAUCAUCACACCUCCAUCAUGACUUUGUACAACAAGAUCAAGCCUAGCGCUCCAGGGGACCCCUGCUGUGUACCUAAGACUUAUGAGCCCCUGGUCAUUCUGUACUUCAAGGACGGUGAACCCAAAAUCGAGGAACUGUCCAAUAUGGUGGUCAAUGAGUGCAUAUGCCUUUAAAAGCCUCAGUUACAGAGUCUUGAACAGGAAAAGACCUCUGUAUUGAUCCUCCAUUUAAGGAGCAGUUGUAGAAAACAUUGCUUACUGUGAUGGAAAGUUUAAAUUGAGAAAAAACUGAAGGUAUUAUUCAGCGUGAAAUAUUAGAGCUAUCACCAGAUGAACUCCUUCUAUGCUAACACUUUUACUCAUUUUAACUCCCAGAAGUGAUAAACAUGCAACUUCUCCUUGAAACUCCAAUCGGCUAUCUUGUAAAAAAGUUGUGAGAACGACAAGGUUAUCAGUUAGAGGGUGUUACUCUGGAAUAAGACCAAAUUAUCAAGUGUGAUUUAGAAGGUUUGGCAGUAAGUAAGGAGAAUUCCUAAUUGGAUCUUGGGAAUUUAUGGAUAAACAACUAAGAAAGUAGAGUGCUGCAUUGUACAGAAUUGUGUUUCUUUCCUAAUAUAGUUUUUCUGAGGGGGAAGAGGGGGAAUCUUAGUCAAGAGAGUAUCAAUAUUAAACGGAGCAGGGAGGGGCAGGGUGGCUCUCCUCCUCCCCAUCUCUCGAACGACUUCCGCUUACACAGCAUUAAAUUGGUCCGGCGAAAUAUUAAGUCUCGUGAUUGUUUAAUUAGGAUCGCGCUUGGGGAAAUGAUAUAUUGUUGGAUAAGAUUGAAGUAACCUACUGAUGCAUUGUAAAAAUCAAUCAUGGACAUUCUGGAAACUGUUAAAACUGCAAUGAUGUUUGCUUGUGGCAACAAACUAGGAACCAUCCAUUUUGAGAAAAUUUGAUGGCAAAAUGAAGUUGACUCGGCUUAAGAUAAAUCUUCCAAUAUUUUAAAAGGCCCCACUGCCUUUUCAUCAAAAUGUAUUCUUUUGUUUCCCGUUUCAAAGAUUGUCCUUCUUAUUAUGUUGUAUGAUACUGAGUGUUUCUCAUGAAUUCAGUCAUUAAAGUCGCCACGCCGGAAACUUAGAAGCUUUUCUAUAACGAGGCUGUAAAAUACUGUAAUACCCAAAUAAAUCUUAGAGAUUGUAAUAGA